GCUUUGCUUUUUGAAUCUCUGCUCUUCAUUAACCCACUGAUCCAGAUCCAGGGUGGACUGUGUCCUCACGCCUUUUCUGUUUGAGAGUGGAAACAGCCUCUUGGGGGUCAGCUAAAACAGGAAGGAGAGCUGGUUACUGCCAGGUUUUGUGCUGAAGGUCAGGGCGCUGAAGCCAGGUUUAGCCUCCUGCGAUCCCCGUGGUCCAAAAGUCAAACUCGCCAUUGGUCUCAUGUGACACGUUCCUCUCACCUUCCAGGGGCCUCUGCUCUUUUUCCACAGAACAGGAGAAAUCAAAGAGCAGAGAAACACAGAAGCAGCAACAUUUCGACUCAAUCAGAAGCGACUGAAGUCGGGGAAUCAAACAGGAAAGCGGGCGAGAGCCUGACAGCGGUGAGGUAAGUGUCUGUUGGGGAUUUCCAUGUUUGGAUCCUGCCGCUGUCAGCCGUGACGAGAGGUCAACCCACCCGCCUUCACCUCCGCCACAACUGUUUCCAACUGCUGCAGCGCUGAGGAUUACAGAUGUGUCUGCUGAAGUAAACAAUGCAGAAGUGUUCCUGUUGGGCUCCAACAGCUGCACAGCAGUUCUCUGUGUGUGCGGAUCAUUUUAAAGCCCUCGGACGUUCCGAGCAGCUCAGCCCUAAGGACCCUCAGGACUCUGAAGACCCCAGAGAUUAUUGUAAUGGUGGGUACCACCCUGUCCAGGUGGGUGACACUUUCAACGGGAGAUACCAGGUGGUGUCGAAACUCGGCUGGGGCUUUUUCUCAACCGUGUGGCUCUGCGUGGACCUGAAGUCGGGUCGCAGAGUGGCAGUGAAGGUGCUGAAAAGCGGUGCUGGUUUCACGCAGGCGGGUCAGGAUGAGCUGGCUCUUCUGAGAUGCGCCACCGGUCCUGCGGGUCGGCACCCCUCCAGUCGUCGAAUUGUUCAGCUGCUGGAUGAGUUCAAGCUGGUCGGGGUCAACGGGGUCCACAUGUGCCUGGUACUGGAGCUGCUGGGACCUGAUCUUAAAAGCUGGCAACUGUGUUUUUGGAAACUGGGACUACCGCUUCCAUGGGUCAAGCAAAUACUAACUCAGGUUCUCCAGGGCUUGGACUACCUUCACAGGCAGUGUAAAAUUAUCCACACAGACAUCAAACCAGAGAACAUCCUGCUGUGUGAGGAGCAGCAGGCCCUGCAGCUGCCAGCAGGGGGCAGCAGCUCCUUCUCCUCACCAGCCGGGAAGGAAGCCAGCAACAAAAUGGAGCAGUUUAACUCGCCCAGUUUCAAAGACGUUACAGUGAAGAUUGCAGACCUGGGGAGCUCCUGCUGGGUGUACAAGCAUUUCUGUGAGGAGAUCCAGACCCGUCAGUACCGCUCUCUAGAGGUUCUGCUUGGAUCUGACUACGGUCCGCCUGCUGACAUUUGGAGCGUCGCCUGCAUGGCCUUUGAGCUGGUCACUGGAGACUCACUCUUCCACCCCGAAGCCAGCGGCUUCAUCUCCCUGGAGGAAGACCACAUCUCUCAGAUCAUUGAGCUGCUUGGUAAAAUUCCACCAGCCGUUUCCUUGUCGGGGAAAUACUCUGCAGAGUACUUCAACCGCAGAGGUGAUCUCCGUCGCGUCAGUUCGCUGAGGCUCUGGAGCCUUUAUGAUGUUCUAGUUGAGAAAUACAACUUCCUGUUGGAGGAGGCCUCUGGAUUCUCGGAUUUUCUUCUGCACAUGUUGGAUUACCACAUGGAGAGGAGGGCAACCGCUGCACGGUGCCUCCGACACCCAUGGUUGACCUCCUGUUAACCUUCCAAAAGCCCUGCAGUCCUCAGUCAGAGGCUUUCAGCUGCAAGUUGUGGCUGAUUUCGGGGGAUUUUUUUUUAAAUCUAUUUUUAUACUCAGGGAACUCCUGCGAAAUGUCAUGAUGCUUUUAUCAGAAAUAGAAUCGUCUCUGCUGGAGCCCCAUAAGCACUUUAUGCUUUCAUUAAUUUUUUUCUUGCAGCUCCUUUUUCUGUGUUUUAUAGGCAAAUGAUCCUGAGCCUCUCAAUAUGAAAUCUUUUAUAUGUUAAUGACAGAGCGGACUCUGCACAGCCAACACAGAGCCAUGUACAUGUAGUCUUUUAUUUUCCUUCAUGGCAAAACAAACAGCUUGUCAAGAACAAUGUCUGAUUCAAUGGAUAAUAAACUCUUUUUUUUUUUUUG